CUCUCUCCCCUUAGAUUUGCUCAAACCACACACAAAAUUUCCCAAAUCUACUUAUCAAAAAAGGCUCUACUAUCAUUUUUCUCUCGACUUAGAUAUGGCAGAUACAUUGAACCAAAACAAGAAGAGAUUAGGUUCCGAUGAUCAGUAUGACCAUCACGAUGAUAAUUUCUUCGUAACCAAAAAGUCCACAAAAUCAUCACUAACAUGGGAUGAUCCAGCUGCAUCGUUAGCUAAUGCUCGCCACGUGUUCGGCGAACAUGGCGGCGUUAACAUGUCCAUCGAAGCAUCCGCUACGUUCACUGUUAUGGAACCUGAGACGAUGCGUCGUAUGUUUACCGGUGAACUUGGUCCUGACCGUGAUUUCUUUAUUUACAGCCGACAUUUUAAUCCGACGGUGUUAGACUUAGGACGACUUAUGGCGGCGCUUGAGGGUACUGAAGCUGCUUACUGUACGGCUUCCGGCAUGUCGGCGACAUCGUCAGUGAUGCUACAGUUGUGUAGUUCAGGUGGACACGUGGUAGCUUCGCGUACCCUCUAUGGUGGGACCCACGCCUUGCUUACGCAUUUCUUACCCAGGGCAUGUAACAUAACGACGACGUUUGUGGACAUAAAGGAUUUAGAAAUGGUUAAGGAAGCAAUAGUUGAAGGAAAAACAAAUGUGUUGUAUUUUGAGUCAGUAUCGAAUCCUACGUUAACGGUUGCUAACAUACCGGAGCUGAGUAGGAUAGCGCAUGAGAAUGGUGUAACGGUGGUCGUGGACAAUACUUUUGCUCCGAUGGUGCUGUCACCUGCGAAGUUAGGUGCUGAUGUUGUUGUUCAUAGUAUUACAAAGUAUAUUAGCGGUGGAGCUGACAUCAUUGCAGGUGCUGUUUGUGGGCCAGCAAGUCUAGUGAACUCCAUGAUGGAUCUUCAUCAAGGGUCUCUUAUGCUAUUGGGUCCAACUAUGAACCCAAAAGUGGCCUUUGAACUUGCAGAAAGACUUCCCCACUUGGGCCUGAGAAUGAAGGAACACUGCAAACGGGCUUUGGAAUAUGCUACAAGGAUGACCAAACUUGGGCUCAAAGUGAUCUACCCAGGACUUGAAGCCCAUCCAGAUCACGCCCUUCUCAAGUCCAUGGCAAAUAAAGACUAUGGUUAUGGGGGAAUUCUCUGUGUGGACAUGGUAACCGAGGAACGCGCUAAUCGUUUGAUGAAUGCCUUGCAAAACUUCACCCAAUUCGGGUUCAUGGCUGUUAGUUUGGGCUAUUACGAGACACUCAUGUCGUGCUCAGGCUCUAGCACGAGCAGUGAACUAAACAACGAAGAGAAGGAGUUGGCCGGGAUUUCACCGGGAUUAGUGCGAAUGUCGAUCGGCUAUAACGGAUCGUUGGAACAAAAAUGGAGCCAACUCCAGAAGGCAUUAUCCAAAAUGCAAGAGAAAAUGGCCUUUUAGAAGCUGGAAAUUAAAUGUGAACAUGUUAAGUUGCUAAGGUGCUUUUUAUGUGGCUCAGGUUAAUCUUCUUUGUACUAAUAUCUCAUUUGUUUUGUCUUUUUUUUCUUGUUCCAAGCAACAUGGAUAACGUGUUCCAUAAUUCCUAUCUUUCCUUCUGAUUUGGAAGUAUGUCCUUCUAGAAAGUAGGUGACUUGGCCAAUGAUAAGGAAACACUCAUCCUAUUGUAAUCCUCCAGCUAAUUCAGUAGAACUUAUCCCAUUUUCUUUAAAA